AUGUCUCUCAGCCAGAACCGGUUGCAGGAGGAGCGCAAGCAAUGGCGCAAGGACCACCCUUUUGGUUUCUACGCAAAGCCGCAACGGACGGAAAACGGCACUCUAGACCUCAAGGUGUGGGAGUGUGGCAUUCCCGGCAAGGAAAAGACAAUAUGGGAGGGUGGGCUGUUCAAGAUGACCAUCACGUUCCCAGAGGAGUACCCAACCAAGCCACCCAAAUGUAAAUUCGUGCCGCCGCUGUUUCACCCCAACGUCUACCCGUCAGGCACUGUAUGCCUGUCCAUUCUGAACGAGGAGGAGGCGUGGAAACCCUCAAUCACCGUCAAGCAGAUCCUCAUCGGCGUUCAGGAUUUGCUGAACGACCCGAACCCCGAGUCUCCAGCUCAAGCCGACGCCUACAACCUAUUCAAAAAGGACAAGGUUGAGUACGAGAAGAGGAUCAAGAGGGUCGUCAGAGAGAACCCAGCUCCUUGA